AUUCUAAUGCUUGGUGCUACAGUGCACAACAUAGCAAUGUUUUACCUGCGCAGGUUCAGCAUUUUAAAGGCCACCAUCUUCGGGUGGCUGUGUUUGAGUAUCGGACGCGCAGAGCCGGUGCCAGACUUUGCCAUCAAUGUUGCGAUUACGGGCAGUGCCACCGUUUCCUCACUCGCCCUGGAGACGAAGCUACUGUUCCGGGACGUUGGUUCGACGGUGUUUGACCUACAGGCAGGCUACGAUCGGCUAGCAACCGUGAAGGAUGCGCUAUCCGAUAUUGCGACGAAAAUUUCCACAGCCGGCAGCACACUUACGCAAGCCAUCUCUACGAUGGCAGUCAAUAACAAUGGUCCUAUAGCGACGUAUUUUGAUCCCAUCACGAACAGCAUAAAUAGUCUGCAGGCACUCAUCACGGGCGGCCUAGCGACGCAGCUAAACACCCUCAACACCAACAUCGAUCGUUACGUGUCGAAUAAGCUGGGGGACAGUUUUCGGACAAUGUCACAGACGCUUAAUACGCUGUCCCAGAGUGUGGUUAACCUGCGUACGGCCGUUACUAGCGCGCGUCAAGCAGCCGGUUCCUCGUCGACCGUAAGUUCGACCAUUGCCCGCCGGUACGUUACGACGCGUAUCGUGAGCGACAUCACCAACGGCGUUCGAUUGCUCAAGUCGGACGUCCCGAUUCUGGUGUACAUCGUCCGGACGACACUCGGUUCGUUCCAGACCGCGGACGUGUACCUGUCCGGCAUCACCGCCGAAGCUCAGUUGCGUGAAGCCGAAGUUAUCGAGCAGGGCACAACGUACAAAUUCGAUGUGAACGAGUUUGUCGGUACGAUCAAAACCAACACGACGACCGUACUAUCGAAUGCCUACAGUCAGCUUUCCGGCACAUACGCCUCAACGCUGAAGAGUAAGGUAGAGGAGGACAGUAACUUCAAAACCGUCGUCGAUGGUAUGCUGACGGGAGUGAAAUCAAUUUUCGACAACGAUGCAGCACUGGCCAUCACGAACAACAUCGACAGUACGAUCGCUACCUAUUUUCAACGCAUACUCGCCCUUGACGACGAUUUGGGCACGUUCUACGGCACGAGCAUGUGCGGGAUCGUGCGAGAUCUACUGCAGGUGCUGAUCGAGAAUGGUCCCAACGCACAGUUCUGUUUCAGCAAGUUCGGCACCAGAGUGUUCAACUUCUUCGUACUGCACACGUACGAUUCGGCCGCCUGCUAUCGGUUGCAGUUCAUACGGCUCGAAAAGCUACGGAACGGUAUAUACAACAUCAUCACGCUGAUGCUGCACGAUAUAGAAGAUUUUAUCGAGUACUUGGAGCGUUGCACACAGUUCAGCAAUGUGGACAACUGUGACAACUUCCUUGGAGCCGAAUAUCAAACGCUGUUUUCGUUGACUACCAAAAAGCGUGACGCUCUGUACCGUCUGCUGGCUCAGGAAACUAGCGCCAGCUACUAUCGAAUGGAGGGAUGCUUCAGCAAUAGCAAACACCUGCUCGUACUGGAUGCCGAAGAGAUGAAGGCAUCGAUCGAUAAUUGUAAGGUGAAUGGACCAUUGUAA